CUGUGCAGCAGCUGGAGCCUCCCCGGCCUGCUCGGGGCCCCGCGGGGAGGAGCCGCCGACAGCGUUUCCGCCUCGCUGCGUCGCCCGCAGCCUGCUCGGGGCAGCCCGGCCCGGGCCAUGCAGCGCUCAAAGACCCAAGCCAGCACUACAAAAACGUUUGAAACUCAGGCAGGCCGAGGUGGGCACCGUGGCGCCAGGUGGUGCCAUGGAGACGGGUGCCAUGGCGACGGGGGCGCUGGACGAGUUUGCAGUCCCCGAGGAGGCCCAGGCAGCCGUCAUCGAGCAGCGGCCCCGCAUCGAGCGGCUCUUCGGCGUGGGGCUCAACGUGCUGGGGGUGCUGGGCGCCGGGCAGGGCCCUUCCCGCGCCCCAACGAGCGCUGGGCAGAUCUGGCUGCAGCUGCAGGGCCCUCAGCAGGACCUGCAGAGAGCAAAGGAGUACAUCAAGGGGCUCUGCAGCCCAGAGUUGAGCAAGAAAGUCUGCUACCCUAAGGACAUGCAGUGCGUCUUUGUGGGAGCUCAAGGUCUCUUCCUGGACUGUCUCACUAAGGGGACCUCUGCCAACCUGGUCCUGCUCAGCCCUGGGUCCCUGCUGGUCUCAGGCCUAGCCGAGGCCUUUGUGAUGGCCCAGAGCCGCAUCCAGGAGUUUGUGGAGAAGUACCAGAAGACGCCCCGGCUGCCGGAGGAGCAGGAGGCCCUGGUGAAGAAGGCCUUCCGGGAGCUGGUGGAGUCCCACGACGACAAGCAUGCCAUAGACCUUCUUAUCCUGCCUACCCCGCUCAAGGAGGAGCUGCUCAGCCUAGUGCGGGACAUCCAGCAGGAAGUUGGGGAAUGGGCACCGAGGAAUGUACUGUGGGUGCCACCGGUCAUCAGUCAAGACCAGCCGCCGAGGUGGGAAGCCAAAGCGGCAGGUGGGGUUAGGCCUCAGGGAUGGCCCCAGGACUUCUGUGACCUCAGUAGACCUCCAGAUCAGACCAGGCAUCAGGGCUCCAGGUCUGGCAUCCCAGGCAGUUCUCAGGACCAGGCAAAGCUGGAGGAGGAGGCCUCUGAGAGGCCAGUGCUUUACAAGCGGUCGUCGAAACCCAUCCCAGGUUUGGACGCCAGCCAGCAGGCUCAAGACUUGAAGUUCCCCGCCACCCAGGACAGGGUGAGGGAAGUGGAGGAAAGGGGGCCGGAGGAGAGCAGCCAGGAGGAGGAGGAGGAACCAUUGCCUGGGGCCCUGUCAUCAUCGCGGACAGAGAAGGAGUUCAAGAUGAGGCUGAACUUCUUCAAGACUAUGGGCUACGAGGAGCAGGUGGUGAAGAAGGUGCUGCUGGAAUGUGGGGUGCAGGAAGCCCCCUCAAAAAUCUUGGACAGGGUCCAGAUGGAGCAGGCCUCCUCCUCCCAGCAGGAGCAUGGUCCCGCACCCUUCCAGGAGUCUGGGGCAAGGGAGAUGUCUUCUCCUCCUCCUCCGCCACCAGAGAUGACCCAAGAUGAACACGAAUACCUGCUGGAGGUCAUCAAGUCAGCAGCGGCCAACUGUGGCCACUCACCCAGUGAGAUCCCGGCUGAGAUCUGGACAGGGGUCCCCUUGGCCGGCCUGCUGAGAAGGCUCAACGAGAAAGCCAACCAUCAAGAGGAGGCCAGGGUUGAGAGUAGGCUGGAGCACAGAGGCAGCCGCAGAGAUGGAGAGCUGGCCCUCUCGAAUGGCAAGGAGUAUCCCCAGGGUCAACAUCACUGCGAGCCAGGAAGGAAAGGCGGGUCUCCUAUCCACAGGGGAGUCCGUGGCCCCCCUCCCCUCCCAGAAGGCUCUGAUUUCCCCAUGGAUGUGACCCCCAUAGCUUCCCCUGCAUGGGCUGCCGAGGAGAGCCAGCCAGCUGAGGAUGUGUACCCAGUGCCGACGGUGACCGGAGCCCAGCGGUUCAAGGAAGCCAUCCGGACACCAUUCAAGCUCAUCUUGGCCAACACGCCAGGGAAAAAGAACCUAAGGAGGGUCAUUAUCGAUGGCAGCAAUGUAGCCAUGGUGCACGGCUUACACCAGUUCUUCUCCUGCCGGGGCAUCGCUCUGGCUGUGCAGUAUUUCUGGGACCGUGGGCACCGGGAGGUGACGGUCUUCGUGCCGCAGUGGCGGAUGGAGAAGGUUGCCAGGGUGGAAGAGAGACAUUUCCUGACCCAGCUGCAGGACCUGAGCCUGCUGUCUCUGACGCCCUCACGUCAAGUGGCCGGGAAGCGCAUCACAUCCUAUGAUGACAGGUUCAUGCUCAGGCUGGCAGAGGAGACCAACGGGGUCAUCGUCACCAAUGACCAGCUCCGGGACCUCAUGCAGGAGUCCAAGAAAUGGAUCAGAAUCAUCAAAGAGAGACUGCUGCAGUUCACCUUUGUGGGGAACAUCUUCAUGGUUCCAGAUGACCCACUGGGCCGAGAGGGUCCCACCUUGGAUGAAUUCCUGCAGAAACCCCUCAGGCCAAAGCCUCCCACUUGCCACUCCUUUGCGGGGCGUGGGGGUCCCUUGCCCACCCCUGGCCGGCCAGCCUCCCAGACGGAGGUGCUGCAGUUGCGGGACAGGAAGCCCCCUGGGGAGCGGCGGCGGAGGAGACAGCCGCAGGAGGAAAAGGAAGAGGAGGAGGAGGAGGAGGUACGAAAGCCAUGGGAGACUGAGCAGCUGAGGCAGGAGCUCCUGACAAUCUUCAUGGGUCAGGACCAGAAGGUGGACUUCGUCCUGCACAGAGAGCCCUGUAGCCGGGACCUGAACAAGCUCUCUGAAAACCUGCUAAGCCUCAACUUCUGAGACGUCCACGUCAGCCACUGCUGACCCCCUGGGGUCUACCCUCAUCCUCCCACCAGCAGGGAUCACACCCACCAGAAUCCUAGCUGAACUUCAUUACCAGCAGUAAGCUAUUAACCUCCCACCUGGACCAGCUCUUCACGUGGCAACCUCCCAUGGUGCAUCAUGAACAAGGACUGAACCAAUGACCUUCAGGACCAAAAUCAUGGACUUUGCCCCACAUAACUCCACUGGCUGGUAGCAGCAGGAAGCUAUUAUCCUCUCAUGUGGACAAGCCCCGCCCCAAGUCACCAGGAGGGCUUGAACCCACAGGUGUCAGUGCUAAUAAUCAUUGACCACAGCAAACUGAGCUGCAGGAGUAAGCCCAUUAGCUGGUAGCAGUAGCAGGUUGUUAUCCUGUGUGAACCAGCAUGUUAUAUAGCAGCUGGGUCACCAGCCGGGAUUGAAGCCACAACGUUAAGUGCCAACAUCACAGACGGAGCUGCAGGUGUAACUCUCAUUGUCUGGUAGCAGUAGUAGGUUAUCAUCCUGUUCUGUGGACCACACACGUUGCAGGUGGGUUAACCGCCACGUCUUUCUCCACUCAUCCCUCUGAGGUUGGGCCUGGCAUCUGAUGCAGGUGCCCCACAGUUAGGACUUCGCCAAACGCUGAAGGACCAUUUAUAGCUAAUCUACGAUGCCUUCCCAGAGAGAGACAUCCAGCAGCCCUUCUCUGGCUUGGGGAAAGAGAUUGCUGCAGCCAUGGGAGAACCCACCUGAACUUGCCUCAUCACCCAUGAUGGAGAAGGGACAGAUCAUGGCGUAUUUAUUUUGGAAAACUGACCGCUAUACCUGGAAGCUACAACCAAAGCCACCCAUGGGAGAAGUGUUGGCUGGUCCUUUUCCAAGCCAACCAUUUGUGGUGGCAGUGGCAGCUUGAGGUUCACGGGACAACCUGGCGACGGCCUCCAAACUCAGCCAAGCUGGAGGCUCAGAGCCGGGCAGACGGAAUGCAAGUGGGUACGGUCUUCUUCAUCCUUCAUUGCAAUUGAUGGAUGAGGGGGAAGAGGGAGAUGGCGAGGAAAGAAAGAUUGGAGGAGCCCAAGGUUGGGUCCAUACUUCUCUACCCCACUUCUCCUCCUCUCACCUUGGCCUUUGCCCUCUCAGACCCUGCACCAGCCCAAGGAGAUCUACAAGGCUCCUUCCAACUAUCGUAGGAUGCUGGCAAUCAUGUCCUCUUGCUGCUGCAUGGAGAUUUCCUGUUCCAGGGACCUGCAGGAAGUCCAUAACUCUGGGCUUCCCCUCUGGUCUGUGCUGUGCUGACACAUGGAUGCUUCUCCAAGUCCAUGCCCUACGCCCUAGAUCUACCUCUGCCUGGCUCCGGUGUCAACGAAGCAGAAUCUGUUCCAAGUGCCUCCGAGCGAUGGGUGCAUUGUGGACCUUAAAGCAUGAGUCGCUCUGGCCUGAGCUCAAAGACGCCCUGGCUGUAGGAGGCUCAACAUUUCUUUGCUAGAGUUUCUCUCCAAGCUUUGGCCACCAUGCUUCCUCCUUGCUAGCCUGUCUCCUUCUGACCUUGGUCAGCUCCAGCCUUCUUCUCUCUGUCUCCUACCUCUUGCCCUCAGCCAGGCCAAAAAUCCCGCUCAAGAGAGAGUCCCCUUCUUUGCUCUACCCAUCUUUCCUGGAGUCCCAGCUCCUUCAACAUCCUAUCCAUGUUCUGCCUACAAAGUCUUCCAAGAUCUCAUCCCCCACCAGCCACACUCUCCCUAAGCCUCACCCCAUCUCAGCUCCGUGCUUGGAGAUGAUCUGACCCGCUUGGCACAUCCUUCAUCUUCCUGCAAUCCAAUGGCGCUCUUCCAGCCAUGUCUCCUGCAUUGCCAUCCCCUAAGCCUUGUAUUCUCCACCUUUCUUAUCUUGUCUCGAUCUCACCAAAGCUGAGGGCUUGGUGAGUCAUUACCCAGCUGUAUCAACCUUUAUACAUUCAGCGGCUAUUCAUGUAAAUACAUUUUUUUGAUAAUAACGAUGAUAAAUAAAUGGCGGGGCCCGUGUGAUAAAACUG